CAGCAAUUGAACCUCAACACCAAGAAUGACGAUAUAGCGUCCAUUGCAUCCCAACACAUCACUCACAAUGGCGUCAGGCUUUGGCAUGAACGGAGGCCCUGGCCGCUGCUUUCCCUUCUGGCAAGAAGUCCUCACCUGCUACGUCUCUAAUCAAGAAGAGGAUCCCAAGUCGAAGGCGAAAUGCAUGCUCGCGCUUGACGACUACUACGAAUGCCUACAUCAUAGGAAAGAGGCUGCCCGCGUUGACGCCCUCCAAGCCGCUUACCGCAAAGCCGACUCCACCCGUGACAAGUCGAACGAUAUGACGGCCGAACAAAUCCGCAAACUAGGUGUAUUAGAGGGGACUUUAGAAGAGAAGCAUCUAAAACCGAAUCGGUUCCUGCCGCAUCUGAAAUAUAACUGAAUGCAAAUCCGCAUGAGAAUAGAGCGGCACCGUGUAAAUAUAAAACGUAAUUGCGACACGGCAAUAAUUGCGAUCGAGCAGAACGUAAUGUAUAUCUCAGUGAAGAGUGCUGCUGGAUGUGAACGUCACAGAUCGGCGCGGCCGGGAAUAUGUAAGGCACGCAAACAGAAAAGCUUAAGCUUGAUGACUAGAAUACUUCGCCAAAGGGCAUUUCCCAAUAUACUGUACGAACCUUGUC